CUGUCCAGUGAAUAGCUGAUGUGGGACGCAAGGCCGCCCCUUGCUUCACUGCAGCGACUGCUCUGAAGGGCCAUCCCACUCCAGAGCAUCCCUUGGGACCAGCUUCAGCAUCCGUUCCCCCCUCUGCCCAACCCUGCUUCCCUCACACCCUCUUAGUUCCGAGAACUCUCCCCAGCCAGCCUCUGCCUCAGAGGAACUAUGUUCCUUGUUUCCCGGGGAACUCCAAGUACAACUUAAAUUUAUCUAGUUCUCACAACUUUAUGAAAUAAAUGCAUCACGUUUUCAUCUUAGAGGCGAGGAAAUGGAGACAUGAAAAGGUUGAGAAGCUUGUCCCGGGUCUCCCACCAGUAAACAGCAGAGCCCAGAUUUGAAAGUGAGAAAUCCAUCUCCAGAUCACACACUCUUAACCUCACCUGCAGCCUCUUAAUUGCAAUCCCAAAGGGAUGUGAGGAGCCUUGGGGAGGCUGUGAUGCCGGUAUGAGAACGUGAGGAGAGAAGCAGGGCAUCCAUUACCUUUAUCUCAGAGAUGAGGGCGCUGAACUAACUAGCAACUACUUAAAAGUUGCAUUCAUCAGUUACGAAGGUGUUGGGAUUCUCAGCUGGGGAAGAGCAGUGGAGAAAGUGUGGUAAAUUCAUAUUUGAAUUCUGGCAAAACCUUGUGUGACUUUCAGCAAAGGGUUUAACUCAAGUCUUAGUAAAAGGGAUUGGGACUUAGCAGUUGCUUAAUAAAGCCGCCUUCCGCCCCCCGGCCCACGGGGGGGAGUUGUCUAUUUCUAACUCUGAUCUUGGGCACGUCUUUUUAACUUUCUGACUCGGUUUCUUCAUUUCUAAAAUGGCGGUGAUGAUGUAAAGAGCUUCCUGAGCUGACCCGUGGCCAUCUGGGUAGAAGCACAAGAAAUGUAAGGCACCAGCAUAAUAUGCUGUCUUGCACCCUGUGCUCUGCUCCGUGGAGCCCUAACAAGCUGAGGCUCAGGCUGUGACCCACACUUCGCUUACCUCCCCAACCCGCCACCCCCACGCAAAUCCUCCUGGCACCGCUGAGUUGGUUUCCUGCCUUUACUAACGGCCGACAGGGUUUUUUCCUACCUAACUGGGUGCGAGCGCGUCUAGGCAACGUGCGACUUCUCUGCCGCGCCUCCCUCCCCACGCCGCCGUCCGUCCGGAGGAGGGGGCAGCCCCGUGAGCACCCCUGCGGUGCGAGGGUUGCACGAGGGUAGAGGCGCAUCCUGGGCUCCGCGCCCCGCCCCUUCGAGCCCCCGGCCCCGCCUCCGUCUUCGCCCGCGCUCAGGACGGCUCUCCGAUUGGUCGGCGGCUCUCAGCCCCGCUCCGCCCCCUCCAAGGGAAUAAAAGCCGCUGGCUCAGCGAGGUGCCCCUUGAUAAACGCAGUCUGCAUAGAGGCGCUAGCUGCUGCCGCUGUUCUGCCUCCCUGGGUUCUGCGGUGUCCCCAGGAGCCCGCCGCCAUCCUCUCCACGACGUGCUGCCCUGCAUCAGCAGCCAUGUGCCGGACCCUGGCUGCCUUCCCCACCACCUGCCUGGAGAGAGCCAAAGAGUUCAAGACCCGGCUGGGGAUCUUUCUUCACAAGUCAGAGCUGGGCUCCGAUCCCGCAAGUGUUGGCAAAUUUGAGUGGGGCAGUAAACACAGCAAAGACGGCCGAAACUUCUCAGAAGACGUGCUGGGAUGGAGAGAGUCAUUUGACUUGUUGCUGAGCAGUAAAAAUGGAGUGGCUGCCUUCCACGCUUUCUUGAAGACGGAGUUCAGCGAAGAGAACCUGGAGUUCUGGUUGGCCUGUGAGGAGUUCAAGAAGCUCCGGUCAGCCACCAAGCUGGCAUCCCGGGCACACAGGAUCUUUGAGGAAUUCAUUCGCAGUGAAGCCCCUAAAGAGGUAAACCUAGACCAUGAGACCAGAGAGCUGACCAGGACGAACCUGCAGGCCGCCACGGCCACGUGCUUCGACGUGGCUCAAGGGAAGACACGCACCCUGAUGGAAAAGGACUCGUACCCCCGCUUCCUGAAGUCCCCUGCUUACCGGGACCUGGCUGCCCAAGCUGCCUCCGCCUCCCCGUCCAGCGGCAGCCCAGCCGAGCCCUCCCAUACCUGAGCCUCAGGGCCGGAGGAGGGGAAGCCAGCCGGGCAGAGAGAGGCUGAGUCACCCAUCCCCGAGGCGCCGCCCCGUGCGGGUGCGGGAGGCAGGUUCUGCAGAGCAAGGACAGUGAAGGGAAACGCCCGAUGGGUGACGUCCUCUCCUCCAGAUACUGCGGGACUGAAUUCUGUGCAUGAGAGUGUCCCCCUGCUUCUAGGGCCUGUGGACGAGGGCUGAAGAUGACAGCUGUGCAGGGCUCUCGGGGCUGUGAGGGGAGAACGGUGCUGUGAGAGUCCUCGUUGGCUCUGGCUGAUCUCAUCAGGGCCAGGGAUCAGCCAGGGUGCUUCGGGAAAUGUCUGGGUCAAGGGAAACUUGAAAACGAGUGAGGGAAGGCCAGCCAGGUCAGCCGUUUGACCUGCUGACCCGUCAGUCCCCUCUGAUCGCAUCCCAUUUUCCUAGUUCCCCGACUGUCCUGGGCACGAGGGGAGCCGUGCAUGGGGAGCCCUGCCAUCCAGUCCUCUCACCUGCCACUGGCCGCCCCUGGGGUCCCCUGGCUUGCACUCCUCAACACUCCUGUGUGCAGCCGUGCAGCCUUGUCAAGGCCAGAGAGCCCGUGUGCCGCUUGUCCCCAGUGAGAUCUUUAUCUUAGAAACUGGUCUUCGAGUCUCUUUCCAAAUCAACAGGGAGCCCUGAAGAGAGGCCAUCUUGCUCAUGGGAAAUGAACCUCGGUGCUUUUGGUGACCUCUCGCUGGUGGCCCCCGACCCCGCGUGUGUGGCAGGGUCCACCUGUGAGCAGGGCCAGCUGAGGGCCUCUGGCUGGGACAUGCCCCCUCUAAGCCUUGGGCUGCCCUUACCUGUGCGUGGGGCCUCGUGGUGAGCGGCUCUUCCAGCUCCUUGUGCCAGCAGGUGGAACGAAGAAGAAAGGCAUCUUAAGAAACACAUCUCUUGGUAGUUCCACAAAGUCCUGUUCAAAUCAAGGCAAUAUUUAUAUAUAUAUUUUAAGCCAAUCUCUCUUUUUUAUUUUGCGGUUAUGAAAAUAGGGACAAAGGGAUUCCCCAGGAUGGAAGGGGAACCUAGUGUUUCUUUUUUUGUGGCUGUGAGGUGCACUCAGUGGGGCUUCAGGAGAAAGGAGGCAGGUACCUCGAUGACCCUUGGACAGACUGUAGAAGCUGGGCAGAGAAGCUGCUGGGAGGAGCAGGAUGGGGUGGGAAUCAGAACCUGCUUGUCACCUCAGGGCCUCACCUGACAUGUGCUCCAUGGUGGGACUUCUCCACGGGCCCAGGCUGGUGGGGGAGGUGAAUUAACCAGGCAGCGCCCCUUUGCCCCUGGAAAAUCCACACUGUUCUCUCUGCACUAUGAACUCCUCCAGGAGAAAAUUAUUUAAGUCUAACAUAUUGUUGGUUUUGUGACAAUGGUCAUUGCACAUUAUUUUUGUUGCUGUCGUUGGGUUGUUGCUAUUGUUAUUUAUUGCCGUUGGAGUUGGCCUCUGCUGGAGUCUCCACGGGAGCUGGCAGCCUGACUGGCUCCCUCUCCACUGGACUCUUCCUCCAGAAGUGCUGGCCACCUCGCAGGGGCUGUCAGGAACUCCUCGCUGUUUAAAUAUUUAUUUAUUGUUGACACAGGAGCUGGUUUCCUAGAUACGAAUGGUGUACUCAACCCUCCUUUUCCUGUUUUAGCAUGUGAUUUUAUUGUGAAAUAAAAAUAAAACCCAAAUGUGA